GGGGAGGCGGGAAAUAGCCUAGUGGGUACCGGGCCGCGCGUUUCUCCUAUCUGGACUGUGGAGCGGUUCCGAAAUGGCGGUGCAGCCGAAGGAGACGCUGCAGCUGGAGGGCCCGGCCGAGGUCGGCUUCGUGCGCUUCUUCGAGGGCAUGCCAGAGAAACCGACUACCACGGUGCGCUUAUUCGACCGGGGCGACUUCUACACGGCGCACGGCGAGGACGCGCUGCUGGCCGCCCGCGAGGUGUUCAAGACCCAAGGCGUGAUCAAGUACAUGGGGCCGGCAGGAGCAAAGACUCUGCAGAGUGUUGUGCUCAGUAAAAUGAACUUUGAGUCUUUUGUAAAAGAUCUUCUUCUGAUUCGUCAGUAUAGAGUUGAAGUGUUUAAGAAUAGAGCUGGAAAUAAGGCAUCCAAGGAGAACGAUUGGUAUUUGGCAUUUAAGGCUUCUCCUGGCAAUCUUUCUCAGUUUGAAGACAUCCUAUUUGGUAACAAUGAUAUGUCAGCCUCCAUUGGUGUUGUGGGUGUUAAAAUGUCCACAGUUGACGGUCAAAGACAGGUUGGAGUUGGGUAUGUUGAUUCCAUACAGAGGAAGCUGGGACUGUGUGAGUUCCCUGAUAAUGAUCAGUUCUCCAAUCUUGAGGCUCUUCUGAUUCAGAUUGGACCAAAGGAGUGUGUUCUACCAGGAGGAGAGACUGCUGGUGACAUGGGAAAACUGAGGCAGGUUAUUCAGAGAGGAGGAAUUCUGAUCACAGAAAGGAAAAAAGCUGAAUUUUCUACAAAAGACAUUUAUCAGGACCUCAAUCGGUUGUUGAAAGGCAAAAAGGGAGAACAGAUGAAUAGCUCUGCUUUGCCAGAAAUGGAGAAUCAGGUUGCAGUUUCAUCAUUGUCUGCAGUAAUCAAGUUUUUAGAACUCUUAUCAGAUGAUUCAAAUUUUGGACAGUUUGACUUGACUACUUUUGACUUCAGCCAGUACAUGAAGUUGGAUAUUGCAGCGGUUAGAGCACUUAACCUUUUCCAGGGCUCUGUCGAAGAUACCACUGGCUCUCAGUCUCUGGCUGCAUUGUUAAAUAAAUGCAAAACCCCUCAAGGUCAGAGACUAGUCAACCAAUGGAUUAAGCAGCCUCUCAUGGAUAAGAACAGAAUAGAAGAGAGGUAAGUCAUUUAGUGUGCUUUUGU